UUACAAUUAUAAUUACUACCUUUGUAAAUCGGACGACAUUCCCUCGCAAACCUCAAAAUUAUCCAAAGCCCCCCAAAAAAAACUGUUUGCAGCAACAAUGGCAGCAAGAGGUUCUCUUAUACCACCUACCUUACCUUCUUAUAGCAAUUUAACACCCUCUUCCAGAAAGCAAAGUCAGUUUAGACAGGUUUAUAACAAAGCUUCAGGUAGCAGCAGUUCAGAUAGAAAAGAUGGAAAUAAUAAGCUGUCAAAUAGAGGAAAAGAUGUAUGGAAAAUUGAGUUUACAGGAGAAAAACCAGCCACUCCUUUGUUAGAUACUGUAAAUUUUCCAUUGCAUAUGAAAAACCUUUCUAAACAGGAUCUUAAGCAACUCUCAGCAGAAGUUAGAGCUGACAUUGUGUAUACAGUAGCACAGACAGGAGGGCAUCUAAGUUCAAGCUUAGGGGUUGUUGAUUUAACUGUGGCUUUACACCAUGUCUUUGACACACCACAAGACAAGAUUAUCUGGGAUGUUGGUCAUCAGGCCUAUGCACACAAAAUUCUGACUGGAAGAAGAUCAAAGAUGCACACAAUAAGAAAAACAUCAGGACUUGCAGGGUUUCCCAAGAGAGAUGAAAGUACUUAUGAUGCCUUUGGUGCAGGGCAUAGUUCUACUAGCAUAUCUGCUGGUCUUGGUAUGGCAGUUGCAAGAGAUCUUUUAGGGAAUAAGAACAAUGUUAUUUCUGUGAUUGGAGAUGGAGCAAUGACUGCAGGACAGGCUUAUGAGGCUUUGAAUAAUGCAGGUUAUCUUGAUUCGAACCUCAUUGUCGUACUGAAUGACAAUAAACAAGUUUCAUUGCCUACCGCGACACUUGAUGGACCUGCUACUCCUGUUGGGGCACUCAGUAGAGCUCUUUCUAAGCUUCAAGCAAGUCCCGAUUUUCGAAAAUUACGAGAAAAGGCCAAGAACAUCACAAGGCAGAUUGGAGGCAAAACACACAUGGUAGCAGCAAAGGUGGACGAGUACGCAAGAGGCAUGAUCGGUGGUACUGGAUCAACUCUCUUCGAGGAACUUGGGCUGUACUACAUUGGACCAGUGGACGGGCACAAUAUGGAUGAUCUGGUUGACAUAUUCAAGCAAGUCAAAGAAAUUCCAGCACCAGGACCAGUUCUAAUUCACGUUGUCACAGAGAAAGGAAAAGGAUAUCCACCAGCCGAGAAAGCAGCAGAUAAAAUGCAUGGAGUUGUAAAGUUCGAUCCAACAUCAGGAAAGCAGUUCAAGUCCAAAUCUGCAACACUUUCUUACACACAGUACUUUGCGGAAUCUUUAAUAAAAGAAGCUGAAGUCGAUGAAAGGAUUGUGGCUGUUCACGCUGCAAUGGGUGGAGGAACCGGUCUAAACUAUUUCCAGAAAAGAUUUCCAGAGCGGUGUUUUGAUGUAGGGAUAGCAGAACAGCAUGCAGUGACAUUUGCUGCAGGUUUGGCUACUGAGGGCCUCAAACCUUUUUGCACGAUCUACUCAACGUUCCUGCAACGAGGUUAUGAUCAGGUAGUACAUGAUGUUAGUCUUCAAAAACUGCCAGUGAGAUUCGCAAUGGAUAGAGCGGGUUUAGUGGGUGGAGACGGACCGACGCAUUGUGGAGCAUUUGAUAUAACCUACAUGGCUUGUUUGCCUAACAUGGUUAUCAUGGCUCCAUCGGACGAGGCAGAGCUAAUGCACAUGGUUGCUACAGCAGCUGCUAUUCAUGACAGACCAAGCUGUUUCAGGUAUCCCAGGGGAAAUGGGAUAGGAGUUUCUCUCCCUCCUGGCAAUAAAGGAACACCACUUGAGGUUGGAACGGGAAGAAUAUUGGAAGAAGGAAGUCGGGUUGCAUUGUUGGGAUUUGGCUCUAUUGUUCAAAAAUGCCGAGAAGCCUCAGCUUUACUUAAAACAUGUGAUAUCUCAGUGACAGUAGCUGAUGCAAGGUUCUGCAAACCUCUCGACGGAGAUCUCAUUCGAAGCCUAGCAAAAGAACAUGAAGUACUUAUAACUGUUGAAGAGGGUUCUAUAGGGGGAUUUUCAUCACAUGUAUCACAUUUCCUUAGUCUAAAUGGUCUUCUAGACGGAAACCUUAAGUUAAGGGCAAUGAUCCUUCCGGAUAGAUAUAUUGAUCAUGGGGACUACGAAAAUCAGUUAGAAGAAGCAGGAUUGUCGACAAAACAUAUAGCUGCAACGGUGCUAUCUUUGCUUGGAAAAAGGAAAGAAGCUCUUAUGAUUUAGUUCUAAUUCGUAGCUGAAGAGAAUAAGUGUAAACGUUAAGAUCUAGCUGGUUAGAUUUGUUUGGGAAUACAAUAAAACUGAUGUGCCUGCUUAGCUUGACCAAAACCCACAACUGUGUAAAAACCUUGGUUCCAUCAGAUGGAUUUAACCAGACAUUAUCAUAAUGAAAAUACACUAAGGAUUAGUUUGGAUUGUGUAUAAAUAUUUGA